AUGGAAUCCAUCAAGGUCAUCGCCCUCACGCUCGCGACGCUGACAACAGCAUCCUCCGCCCAAGCCUCUUUCGAUGCCUCGAUACCCCUACAAAUCAGGCAAAACACAAACGAAUCUGCUUGCCCGGUCGUUCCCGACCAAAAUACCUUUGUAGACAGUCAGACCUUAUCGCAGUGUGGAAAUGCCUCCCUGUUUUCAACAUGGAGGCCAAGAGCUAGAUUUAUCGCUCCAGAAGGUUGGAUGAACGAUCCUAUGGGAAUGUUCUUGCGGUCGGACGGCCGUUUUCAUGCAGGUUACCAAUCUAGUGGGAUGCAUAUCACAGGAGGCAACAUGUCACAGGGAGCCGCCUAUUCCGACGAUUUUACUAUUUGGACCGAUUUCGACGGAUUUGAAGACUACCGUACACUCUGGCCCAGCGCGAUCUAUGAUAUCCGAGCGGUCUUUGAUGGGUCAAUCAUCAACCCCGGCUUCAAUGGCUACCCUACGAUCUUUUACACUUCGGUAACGUUUGGCCCGCUUGGAGCUGUGGCGAACGAGACCGAGGGCGUAGAAACUCAGAGUAUGGCAUACACCGAGGACGAUGGUGCAACUUGGCGAAAGCUGAAUUAUGGUCAAGGCGGGAACCCGAUCAUCUACGAAUGGCCUGAGCAGAACCUCACCGGAUUCCGGGACCCAUAUGCCUUCCGUAGCAAGUACCUUAGCAAGAUGCUUUCCGAUAACUCGACAAGCAAUCAGACCGGACCGGUUGGUGAAUGGUUCAGCACCUUGUCUGGCGGUCAAACCGGGGUUGGUCCCCAUUUGUGGCUUUACAAGCAAAAGGAAAAGGAUAAUUUUGUGGAGUGGGACUUUGCCGGUCGAUUCUUUGAGAUCGGCGGACUCAGGCAGAGCUGGUCCGAAUGGAGCGGGAACUUUGGGAUCAACUUCGAGACCGCAUUCGUCGCCCGUCUAAACGAGACCGGGUAUGCCAAUGACGACGGUUCCGAUGAUACUGCUGUCGAAUUUAUUGGAAUGGGAACUGAGCGAGGUCGGGAAGAUCAUCAGCUUCAUUGGCCUCUAUGGGCCGCGGUCAACUAUACGACCAACGAUGUUGGAGGGUUUACCGCAAACGUAUUGUUCGCUGGUGUGGCAGACUGGGGAUCUUCAUACGCGUUCGUUGCCGUUCCGUAUGAGAAGGACGGUCAAUCUAGGCACAUCAUGGCAGGAUGGACAUAUGAAGACGACGAGGAUCUCGUCGUGGCCAAGCCGAUGGGAUGGCAAGGAGCCUUCACCCUCUUCCGCGAUCUCUCUGUCAAAUACAUCCGCAACGUCGACCCUUCCGCACCUGGACUCUACGAGAAAGGGUCUUGGGGUGUCAAGAACGAGACAGAUGGAAGCGUCACUGUGUAUACGCUAAGACAAAAGGUUGUUUCAGAAACCAUCAACGCCUACCGUGCAGGUUCCAACAUCAGCACCUUCCCCAACACGACACUAGGAAGCGAGGGAUACACACCGUUCGAGACUCAACCGUCCGGCAGGUUCUAUCGGUUGUCGGCGGACUUCACCUUCGAGAACAAUGCGACUCAAGCCUUCGGCAUGCGUGUCCUCGCUUCUGAAGCAGAGUAUACUGAUAUCAUGUACGAUCCCGUCGCGGAAAAACUCACAGUCAACCGAAACAACAGUUCCAUCCUUGAAAACUUCGGCACCGUGACCGAGGUCGGAAAGCUUAGGAUCUGGCCUCUCGCCAACCAGACUACCAAGAAGUUGUCUCUUAGCGUCUAUGUGGACAACUCCGUGGUCGAGAUCUACGCCAACGAUGAGUUCGCUUUGACUACCCGAGUAUAUCCCUGGUAUUCCAAUUCGACUGGCGCCGGGUUCCUCUCGACUGGAGCCAACGAGAGCGCUGUCGUUGCCGGUAACGUCGAACUUUGGGAUGGCCUAGUCAAUGCUUGGCCCGCAAGGCCUGACAACACUAGUAAAGGUCUGGUCUGGGAUGGACCUAUCGCUGACAUUUGGGGCUUGUACCCUGGCUACUAAGCCAUGCACCUACAUGUUUACCACCGUUAUCAAAGACCUGCAUAGUAUGCGUGAUUACCGACGAGACAUGAUCGUCUUCGUGACCGAUGGAGAAACCGUCGAGCUGGCUUCCAACCAUCGAUCGAAUUGUUAUAUGGAACCUGGUACCCGUCCCGCUUGUGUGCCUGAAACGCUUCCCGCGUUUCCCCCCUUGCCGGAGCAGGAAUGACGUCCCGUCUCGACCACUGAUCGUUUCGAUCAGUCCAUCAAUCACCUCGAUACCAUCUAAAUAGCCAGACCCUUCCCUCAAGACUG